GAUAGAUAGAGAGAGAGAGCACAAAAUAAAAGUUGGAGAAAACUAGAGAGAGAAAGCAAACAGAUAGAACCAGAGAGUGUGUUGGUGAAGCUUGCUGAAGUAUUAAAGAAAAAUUUAAAGUUUUAAACAAGAAUUAGUGAUUGUUUUUGAAGUUUUUUUUACUAGAAAUGAGAGAUCUGAGGUGAUUACAGAGAGUUUAAUUUAAUGAAGGGAGAUUUUAUGGAUUCUUCAGAGAUUUCAAUAAAAGGAAAUAAUAAUAACGUAAGGGUAGGAGGAGGAGAUAGCUUCUCUUCUAGUUACACUGAGACUAACGUCGCCAUGGAAGGGCAAAAAGGUCAUUCGUCUCGUCCGGUUUCUCCUAAAGACGCGGAGAAGGCUCUUUAUACAGAGCUGUGGAAUGCUUGUGCUGGUCCUUUAGUCACCGUUCCUCGUGACGAAGAGCUCGUUUUUUACUUUCCUCAAGGACACAUAGAGCAGGUGGAGGCGUCGACAAAUCAGGUAGCGGACCAGCAGAUGCCAGUUUAUGAUCUUCCUUCGAAGAUCUUGUGUCGGGUGAUAAACGUCCAUUUGAAGGCUGAACCAGAUACUGAUGAGGUGUUUGCACAAAUUACUUUGAUUCCUGUACCCAACCAAGAUGAGAAUUCGGCGAAGAACGAUCAUCCUCCACCUGUGCCACCGCGGUUUCAUGUUCAUUCAUUUUGUAAAACCUUGACUGCCUCGGAUACCAGCACCCAUGGUGGUUUUUCUGUGCUCAGGCGACAUGCCGAUGAAUGUCUGCCGCCUCUGGAUAUGUCAAGACAGCCUCCAACGCAGGAACUGGUUGCUAAGGAUUUGCAUACAAACGAGUGGCGUUUUCGGCAUAUCUUCAGGGGUCAACCACGGAGGCACUUGCUUCAAAGUGGAUGGAGCGUGUUUGUUAGUUCCAAAAGGCUUGUUGCCGGUGAUGCGUUUAUCUUUCUAAGAGGUGAGAAUGGAGAACUCCGAGUUGGUGUUAGACGAGCCAUGAGGCAGCAGGGUAAUGUUCCGUCAUCUGUCAUAUCUAGUCACAGCAUGCAUUUGGGUGUUCUUGCUACAGCGUGGCAUGCUAUCUCCACAGGAACCAUGUUUACUGUUUAUUAUAAACCAAGAACAAGCCCAGCUGAGUUUAUUGUUCCAUAUGAUCGAUAUAUGGAGUCUGUCAAGAACAAUUAUUCCAUUGGGAUGAGGUUUAAGAUGAGAUUUGAAGGAGAAGAAGCUCCUGAGCAAAGAUUUACUGGCACAAUUGUUGGAAUUGAAGAUGCUGAUCCCAAAAGGUGGCGAGAAUCUAAAUGGAGGUCACUCAAGGUGAGGUGGGAUGAAACUUCUACCAUUCCUCGUCCUGAGAGAGUUUCACCAUGGAGUAUCGAGCCUGCUCUGGCUCCUCCUGCACUGAAUCCCCUACCAGUUCCUAGACCUAAAAGGCCUCGAUCCAACAUGGUGCCUUCAUCCCCCGACUCGUCAGUUCUUACUAGAGAAGGUUCAUCCAAAGUAACCAUAGACCCUCCCCCUACUGGAUAUUCAAGGGUCUUGCAAGGUCAAGAAUAUUCGACCUUGAGAGGCAAUUUCGCGGAGAGCAAUGAAUCUGAUACUGCUGAAAAGUCUGUAAUGUGGCCACCCAUGGAAGAUGAGAAGAUUGAUGUGGUAUCUGCUUCAAGAAGACAUGGAUCAGAGAGUUGGUUUCCCUCAGGGAGGCCCGAACCAACAUACACGGAUUUGCUAGCAGGCUUUGGGUCAAAUGCCGAUACAUCUCAUGGGUUUGGUUCACCCUUUAUAGAUCAAUCUGCAGCAGCUGCUGGUAGGAAACUCAUAUUAGGUCAUGAAGGCAAGUUUAAUUUACUUGCCAGCCCAUGGUCCUUGAUGUCAUCAGGUCUGUCACUCAAGUUAUCAGAAUCUAAUACAAAGGUUCCGGUACAAGGUCGUGAUCUACCUUAUCAAGCACGAGGAAAUAUCAGAUGCAGUGCUUUCAGCGAGUAUCCUGUGCUUAAUGGUCAUAGAGUUGAGCAAUCGCAUGGAAAUUGGUUGAUGCCUCCCCCCGCACCAUCUCAUUUUGAUAAUUCUACUCAUGCAAGAGAGCUGGCGCAAAAACCGGUAAUGGUUCAAGAACAUGAUAUUGGGAAAUCUACAGAUGGAAACUGUAAGCUAUUUGGUAUUCCCCUGUUUAGCAAUCCUGUUUCACCAGAGCAGGCAACAUCGCAUAGAAACAUGUUAAAUGAGCCAAGUCAUGCUCAUCCUCAGAGUCACCAACUUCGUUCUGUGGAAUCUGAUCAAAGGUCAGAACAAUCCAAGGGGUCUAAAGUAGCUGAAGAGAAUGAAAAUGAGAAACAAAUUCAAUCUGGUCACUUGCAGACGAGGGAUAUUCAAAGCAAAGCUCAAAAUGGUUCAACGAGGAGUUGUACAAAGGUUCACAAACAGGGGAUUGCACUUGGCAGGUCUGUUGAUCUUACCAAGUUCAACAAUUAUGAUGAGUUGAUUGCCGAGCUGGAUCGGUUGUUUGAGUUUGAUGGCGAAUUAAUGGCUCCGAGAAAGAACUGGCUGAUUGUGUAUACCGACGAUGAGGGUGAUAUGAUGCUUGUUGGAGAUGAUCCCUGGCAGGAAUUUGUGAGCAUGGUUCGAAAGAUUUUCAUCUAUACAAGGGAGGAGGUACAAAAGAUGAAUCCCGGGACCUUGAAUUCCAAGGGUGAUGAAAGUCUAUUGGAUAUGGAGGGUACAGAUGCAAAAGAAGCCAAACGCGUACCACUUCCCACGACGCAUAGCACUUAGAAUUAUUAGGUUUGCCUCUGGAUUCUAGGUCUGUUAGAGGAAGCUGGGAAGGAUGAUAUUAAUAGUCCAUAUCAGUUGAAAAGUUUGAGAUGUGGAAGUUCUAUAUAAGAUGGCAAACUUAUUGGCAUCUCUAAAUAGACGGCAAGAAUGAUAUUACCCAAUUUUGGACAUGCUUCAUGGAGAUAGUAUUGUAUGGUGUCCAUUUAUACAUAUAUAUAUGUUAUAUAUAUUCUAUACUCCCCUUCUAUGCCGAGCAAGGGCAAUUGCAGCCCUUCUCUUAGUUAUUUUAAACCCCCAUCACCUUGUACAUAGCUGUUUUAGCUUCACCUCCCCCACCUUCUGAUGUAAGUAAGUUCAUACAUCGUUUUAAUGGGUUUUUUUGGGCAGGUCACGAUCUUCUAACGUUCAUUUUUCAUAUUUAUUGUCUUCCUUAAUUGUGGGAUCUUCAUUGUCGGGUGCAGAGCUGCAAGUAAUUUGUCUUGGUUAUGAAUAAUAUAUAGCUGUACUCUAUCUUAUGAUCAUAACAUUAUGUUUUGAUAUUAUUUGAAAUUUUAGUACA